CCGUUGCAAGACGUAGUCACGGCCCUGCUCACUAUUUCAACUAUCAGCUGUAUUGUAAUUUGAAACGUUAUAUAUAUAUAUAUAAAUAUCAGCAGUAGUCACUGCGCAGGUGUGAGUCGUAUAAUAGGAUCCGUUCCCGGGAAGGCUCAGUAGCUAGCAUGCCGGCUAGUUAGCGGUGCGUCUCUGCUGCUCGCCGGAGAUGAUGGGGGCUAAAGCCAGCACCGUGGCCGCCGGGGUGGCCGGAGCCCUGUUCGUUGGAUACUGCGUUUAUUUCGACAGGAAACGACGGAGUGAUCCUAACUUCAAGAAAAGGCUGCAAGAACGCAGAAGAAAACAGAAGUCUUCCCAAGAGAAGACAGGACUAACAAGGCUGCCUGACCUGAAGGACUCGGAGGCUGUACAGAAGUUCUUCCUGGAGGAGAUCCAACUGGGAGAGGAACUGCUAGCGCAAGGAGACAGUGAGAAGGGAGUAGACCAUCUAACCAUGUCUACCAUCCCAACAGGAGACUGUGAGAAGGGAGUAGACCAUCUAACCAAUGCCAUAGCAGUGUGUGGUCAACCCCAGCAGCUGUUGCAGGUGCUGCAGCAGACUCUGCCUCCUCCAGUGUUCCAGAUUCUGCUCACCAAACUGCCCACCAUCAGCCAGAGAAUCGUGAGCGCUCAGAGUUUGGCAGAAGACGACAUUGAGUGAAUGAGUUGGUGAGGUGUGUCUGUGUGUGUCUGUUUGUGUAUGACUGUAUUGACUGGCUGUGUCUGUUUUGGCCUAGUCAAGAUGGCUGCCAUUGGAUCUCUUUCUCACCAACCAGGACAUCGGCUGACUGUACCCCCCCAUGCCUCAGUGCUAUAUAAGAAGCCCUUUGCCGUCAUUGUCCCCUCUGAAGUCUACUGUAUCAGGUUCCCUAUGCAGUAGCCUUCUCAUAUCUCAGAUUCUGUUCUAAUAUCUUGACAAGCCCAUAUACCAUUUAGCCUAAACAAAGUGAUUAUUUUCUAGUUCUACUCUAGAUUAUGUAGAUUACGCGUAAUUUAAAAGAUGUAACGCCGCUGGUGUGCAUGAAACCCACUAAUAUGUAAAGAGGUUGGCUCUGUCAGUUUGUCCCGGGUGUCGUGUAUAAACAUUCACUGUGAGGUGGAGUGGACACUUUUUACUAUGUGGAUUGUUUUCUAAGGUGUCAGUGGAAUGUGUUAUUUUUUUAUUUUUUUUGUAUUUCAAACCUACAUUUCUGAAAUCAUCCUGUUUCGUCUUAAGUCACGGAAUAAAAAUGUGAGAAUGUG